AUGGAUCUCAUAGAAGUCAACAAAGAUGAUAGAGAAGCACAAAGUACCGCUACAGGUGCUGAUUACGCGCCUCUCCUUCCGUUAACACGCUGCUGGGAAGUUCCAAGACAUCACGUGACCAUAGAAAAAAUCAUUGGUAAAGGUGCUUUUGGUCAGGUUGCCAAGGGAACAGCAGUAGGACUUCCAGGGAGUCCUGAAACGACCACAGUGGCUAUUAAGAUGCUUAAAAGUGAGCUCUUGUACUGUAUAUUGAAUGACAGUCUUGGCCUACAGACAUUCAGGAAAUGUUACCGGGUUUACGUAAUUAUUUAGCUAUUUGUCUUUUCAUAACUUAUGUUGUUAUUUCGACGUUAUUCCCGUUAACCAAAUUUUACUCCUUGUUUUUAACGCUCCAGCAAACGCUAUUGAAUCGGACAAGAGAGAUCUGAUGAAAGAACUUGACACAAUGAAGCAGCUGAAACCACAUCCUUACGUCAUUAAACUUCUAGGAUGUGUUACGGAGUCUGGUAUGCUUCGGUUAUGCGCGUCUAAUUUUGCUGUACACAUUUUGCUUAUGAUUAAUUGAGCACAACAAACAACCAUCGCAUGAGGUAAUUUUAUCUUGUUUUAGCCAACACAGACGUUCCUGGAUUUAGUAAUAGACUAAGACCGAAUAUUUGCCACUGAACAGAUCAUUUUGUUGUAUAAGCAGAAACGCUUUUUGUAAGGGAAUAAUUGGUCUGUACCUUCUUCACAUAGUUUUUCUUGUUUUCAUGCGAUUUCUUCAAAAGUGUUGCAAAUGACAGGGCUAUUCAUUUGUUUUAAUUAUUGUUUUUUUUAAGAGAGAAUAAUAUAUUAACUAAAUUGUUUAAUUUCUUCAGAGGAGCUGUUGGUUUUGAUUGAAUAUGUGCCUUUUGGGGAUCUGCUGGGUUACCUGAGAAAGAGCCGUGGAUUAAAAGACACUUACUACAAAGACCCGGAUAUCAAACCGCAAACAAAUCUGACGUCACAGCAGCUGAUGAGGUUUUCUUGGCAAAUUGCUGAUGGAAUGAGUUACUUGUCCGCAAAAUCUGUAAGUUAGUUAAAAACACAAAAGACAAACAAUUCUGAAACCUUCUUGUAAGGUCUAUCGUCAUGUUAAGCUCUGUCUUGCAUGGAAUAUUAUGUCUUCUCAAGAUCACGCCCGGGAGUUGCAAACGUAUCCUUACCGUCUUGUUGAGGCUAUUUCUUUAGGGUCGAGAACCUUCCCAAUUUUGAGGUCAUCAUAUAAGUCUUAUUUCAAUGUGAAAUAAAAUAUUAGGAUUUUUCUCGUGUAGGCAAAGGGAGAGACGUGAAUGAAUAGGAUCCUUUAAGAUAUUCAGCCUAAACUAAGUGUACAACAAAUAUAUAUUUUAGUGACAAGGAAGAAAAGUAAUUAAAACUUCAAAUUAAAAAAUUCAUCUUUUGUUGCCAAACUGCUACAUUACAGAAUCCUAUUUCGAUUAAAAUCUUAAGAUAAGCGUUCUUUAAAAUAACUACGUAUUGCAGACAUAAAGUAGUUUGCUUCUCUUUGGAAUAUGGAGUAGAUAUUGUAGUAGUUUUAAUUUUCUGCCAUCUGAGAGAAAAAGAAAUACGCACACCAUAUGUUGCUAGAUAUUUCUAUUUUCCUAUCCGAACCAUUUCAUUUCAGUUCUUUUUCUUCUGCAAUCGCUAAUUUUUGCUGUUGCAUCAAUUCUUUCCAAGAUCAUUCACCGAGACCUUGCGGCCCGUAAUGUGUUAGUUGGACAAAAGGAAACGUGUAAAGUGACAGACUUCGGAAUGGCCAGAGAUGUGCAGCAGGAAAAUAUUUAUGAACAAAAGACUAAGGUAAUCAAGAAAAGGGUAGGUGAGGGCGGUAUUACAUAUUGUUCAGUUUAGUGAUCUUUCACAAUCAUUGUUGUUUUAAUGCUGCUAUAUUCCUGAUUUCGAUCAUGAAUUCCUUGGGACCCUAAUGAAAAUAUUAUCCAUGCGUAUACGAGUACAACUUUAAAUAUCACUUUUUUUGACUUGUCGCUACCUAUAAUUCUCGAGCUGUUUCACAAAGUGGUAUUUAAAAUCGUUAGGGCCGUCUUCCCGUGAAGUGGACAGCUUAUGAGGCCUUAUUGUAUGGUAAAUAUACCACCAAAAGUGACGUGUAAGUAUACCUGAUUAUCAACCGUAGCAAUUUAUCAACAAGUUUUAUCAUUUUUAGUCAGGACUUGAAUUCUAUGCUUUGUCAAAGAAUACAUUUAUUUCAUUCGUCGUAUAUACUGUUUAUGUCUAUAGUCACUUAAUUUAUAUUCGUUUGAUUUGUCUUUCUGCAGAUGGAGUUAUGGAGUUUUGUUGUACGAGAUUUUCACCAUAGGUAACAUCGAAAGGAAGUUUAUGAGGCUCUUAAUUAAACAAUGUAUCGUGUUCAGUUAGACAAACGUAAUAUGCUUCCCCAUGCAACCUCAAACUCCAUCAACUGACACAGGUGAUGUUUUAGUGAAGGUCUUUUUUUCGUCACGUUUAUAUUUCGAUGGUCUUGUGGUUCUUCCAGGCGGUUCACCUUACCCACGAAUGGAUGGAAGAAAAAUUGCAAACUUACUCUAG